UAUAAUGCUCACUGAUACAUAAUAGAAACCUCAAAAUUGUUGCUUUGUUUGUAAAAUAUAAGAUGUAGAAUUAUUGAGAUGCUCACAGUGCAAAUCAUUUUAUUACUGCUCAAUAGAAUGCUAAAAAUAAGAUUGGAAACAACAUAAAUCUAUUUGUUCUGAAAUACAACUACAAUUAUAACGAGAAUAACAGAAAGCCCAAAGAAAAGCAUAAGGAAAGAAAGAUAUUGAAGAUUUUGCUGAAUUUUCGGUUGUUGGACAGGGAAACUUUUCUGAGAUCUUUCGGGUUAGGGAUAUUGAAACCAAUUAAAUUUUUGCUUUAAAGUAGAUUAAUAAAAGAAGGUUAACCUAAGUAAAUAAGGAGAAAGAUGUAUUUAUGGAAAAGCAUUGUUUAGGCAAACUUGCUGACUGCCCUUAUGUUAUUAAAUUAUAUUCAACUUUUCAAGAUGCUGAAAACCUAUACAUGUAAAUGGAGUAUGUCGAGGGUGGAGAAUUGUGGUAAAUAGUUAAGAAUUUUGGAGCGUAAGCUUUUCCCCUUUGUCUUUAUUAUAUAACUGAAUUGAUCAAAGGUAAUUAAGUGUAUGAAGAUAGCCAUAAAUUCCAUUCAUAAACUUGGGAUUGUACAUAGAGACAUAAAAAGCGAAAACGUUCUGUUAACUUAAGAUAAUUAAAUAAAAUUGAUUGAUUUUGGUACUGCAAGAGAUAUGAAUGAUCCCACAAUCGAAGGGAGUGGAAAUGGAAGAAAAGGUAAGAUGAUGGAUAGAUAGAAUAAUAGAAAAAUAAAUCAUGAAACAUUUUGUGGGAACUCCAUAAUUUAUGGCUCCUGAAUGCAUUAGAAAUAAAGAUUCCAAUGAAAAAUCAGAUAUAUAUUCUUUAGGAGUCUUAUUCUAUUAUAUAGCUUUUGGUAAGUACCCCUUUGAUGGAAAGAGUGAUUACCUUAUUUUUAAAUAAGCAACUGAAGGAGAACUCAAAUUUCCAGAUGGAUGGAUUGAUAAUGAAUAGUUUAGAAGCCUAAUCAGAAAGAUGAUGCAAAAAGAUCCAUUAGACAGACCAAGUUUACCAGAAAUAAUGCAGGAUCAGUUGUGGGGUGAGAAUUUUGAUUGGAAUGCUCCAUAAGGUAUGAUUGAUAUUUCUACUAAUACUCCUAGAUUAUUAGACCAUUUUUAAGGGUUUGAAUGAAAUUGAUAAAUUUACCUAUGAUUUAGGAUAAGAAUUAAAUAUUGCUUUAAAGUUGGAAGAUUGUGUUAGUCUAAAGUAAGAAGCUGAUAGAGUAUUUGAAAAAUAUGGAAAAUUAAUCAAAGAUGAAAAUUACUAAAGGAGAGUUGAUUAUAUGAAGUAAAUUGUUGAACAAGAUUUGAAGGAUAUGAAAGAGGAUACACAAAAACCUUUAUAUUUUAUUUGA